UAAAUGAGCAAGUAGGGGCCCCGGGACCGUUCAAACGUGGCGGGGUGGCCGCUGGAGGCCGCCACCAGUCACCAGUCACGGACUCCCUCCACUUUCGAAAACACCCGCCACACCUCCUCUCUACUCUCCCUUAAUAUGAAGCCCGAUAGGACGCCUAUCUCGCGUAAACCACGGCCCACGCCCAGGCCAAAAACAGAAAGAAAUGUGGAGAAAGACCCAGUUGCAGUCUUCUGUCGCAUUCGACCAAUUGAAAUGCCUGAUCUGGAAGAAUGUGUCACUGCCAUAGACAAACGUACUGUUAGGCUUAGCCCACCAGCAUCAUGUUUUGCUUCUCGUAAUGGAAGUGCGAAGGAACAAUAUUACAAGUUCCAGCAUGUGUUUGGGCCCAACACCACACAGAAAGAGCUUUUUGAUAGUAUUGCCAAACCCUUAGUUGCAGAUGUUCUGAAUGGAAAAAAUGGCCUCCUCUUUGCUUAUGGUGUCACUGGCUCUGGCAAGACUUACACAAUGCAGGGAGUACCACAAGAUGGUGGAAUUGUAAGAAGAACCCUGGAUGUCAUCUUCAAUAGUAUACAAGAGUACCAAACAAGGAGGUGCAUCUUUAAGCCAGAUCGUAUGAAUGGAUUUGAUGGCCAGUGUGAAUCGGAUGCUUCUAAUGAUCGACGAAGGUUGGAUGCUACUCAAAGUACCAAGAUGAUGACCAGGUCUUACAAAUCAAGAAGAGAUCCCACUGGGUCACAAGAUAACUCGCAGCGUAUCCCUGAUACUUCCCGCAUUGCAAACAUUGAUGAUGACAAUGUAUUUUCUAUAUUUGUUGCCUACAUUGAAAUAUACAACAACUAUAUUUAUGAUCUGUUGGAAGAGCUUCCAGAAACAGGACCUUCAAGGGGAUUGCAAACAAAGAUACUUCGAGAAGAUGCCCAACACAAUAUGUAUGUCCAUGCCUGCACAGAAUUGGAAGUAAAGACUCCUGAAGAUGCUUUAGAGAUUCUGUACAAAGGUGAGAAGAGGCGCAAGAUUGCAUACACCACUUUGAACUGCGAGUCGUCUCGGUCGCACUCCAUAUUCACCAUUAGGGUUGUUCAGGCACCACUUGAUGCACAAGGGGAAGAUGUUGUUACAGAUAAGAGUUCCAUCAUAGUCUCCCAGCUUUCAUUGGUGGACUUGGCUGGCUCGGAGCGUAACAUCCGUACAAAGGCAGUUGGUGACAGGAUUAAAGAAGCAGGUAACAUUAAUAACUCUCUCAUGAACCUGAGAGCUUGCAUUGAAGUUCUUCGGGAAAAUCAGAUGACUGGAGGAUCAAAAAAGGUUCCCUAUAGGGACUCCAAACUCACACACUACUUCAAGAAUUACUUUGAUGGAGAAGGCAAAGUGAAUAUGAUAGUGUGCGUGAACCCCAAGGCUGAGGAUUACGAUGAAACCCUUCCGGUGAUGAAAUUUGCCGAGCUUGCAUCAGCAGUUCAGAUACAGAGAGUAGCGCAUCCUAUGAGGCAUGACUUGGGACUACCUCCUGGGAGAAGGCGUGCCAAUCAACUGUUCAAAGAAGUGCGCAGGAGACUAGAGACAGAGGGUGAAAACGUCAGGAAUCUGGAGAUAGAUCUGACUCCUAUCUACACCUUGGCUCCUGAGUGGCCUGCUGUUACUGUCACCCCAGAAAUGAGGGAAGAGAUGAUGACCAAGCUCAAGGCUUGCUUGGUGAAGAGAAUAAAUAGCAGAGACAGACUAAAAUCUGAUGCACAAGACAAAAUAUUAAAAGUACGUUCCCGCUUAAUGGAAACCGAAAAAGAAAAUAUCAUAAUGAAAAAGGAGAUUGGUAGUCUGCGCGCCCUAUAUAGUGAUGCAAUGACAAAACUUCGGAACCUGGAAACAAUGUUACUUAAUGCUGAAUCUGCAAACGAAAGUUUGCAAAGAAAAUUUGAAGACUUCAACCAAUUGGUAGAUGAAUGUAAUGCUGCACGUGAAGAACUGGACAUGGCAAAGGCACAGGGACAGAUAGAUAAGCAGCGAAUGAAAGCAAUCCAUAAGGCAAAAUUGGAACAAGAGAAAGAAAAACUUAAAAAUGGCAUGAAAGUUGAACUUUCUCAACAAAAGUCUAUACUAUUCCAAACACAAGUAAGGGCUCUGAAAGAAAUGCUUUUAGAUGGAAAGCCUAAUACUUGUCCUGCAAGUUGUCCUCCUCCGUCGUCGUCGGAUUCGGACCUCUCCCAGAUGCGUCCAAGCACCAGAAGCACAGUUACACCAUCCACUUCAGAUCCAAGGCUGGAUGGUACCCGGGUCAUUCAUGCGUCUGGUUCUCGUGGUCAAGCAGUUGUCAACUUAAGACACAGGAGAUCGAGGUCUCAAGGGGCUGAUACCUGGCUUGACCAUCGGCCUGUACAGGAGGUACCAAGUGGAACAAUACUUCAGCCAGCAUUACCACGACGAAGAUCGGUCACUCGUCUGCAUAGUGAAGAUCUAACAAAUGGUCGUGUCACAAAUUAUUGUUUGACGACCCAGCAGCAGGAUUCUCAUGGGGAACUUGAAACAAAGCUGUACAAGGGUGAUGUACUACCAACUGCAGGGGGUGGCUCACAGGUAGUGUUUCAAGAUGUUGAGAUCCACACACAGCGUGACCCUCUUGCUGUUCCCGCUCAAAAGCGGUCUUCGGAUGGUACACCUAAAGUAGACGCUUCAACACUCCAAGAUCGCUGUUCUGUGGGAAUUCAAGGCCAUACUACACCACGACCAUCUGUUGUAAAUAAGAGAUCAAAGUUUGUGUAAAUAUAUUAUUUUUUUAAUCUUAAGUGAAAAUACGUUUGAUAUUAAGGAGAGCUAUGUUCUAGUUUCUUUAUAGGUUUCUUAAGUAUGUUCAGGACCUCAUCAAUCUCAAAUAUUGGGAAACCUGUAGAACCUUAAGGUCAGGUUGAAGCAGACAUACUUCCUGCAUAAUAGUGAAGUGUUUAUUGCUUAAAGCAGUGGUAUAAACUAGUAUAUAAUUCGUUACUGUAUAUAAACCCUCUUAAUAUCCUAUGUAGAUAUAUUAAUUUUGACUUUGAGCUGACCUCACUUUUUAAAAAAGAUAGUUUAAUUUUUAUAAACAUGUCUAUAUUAUAUUGUCGUUUGAUGCCGAGGUUUUAAAAUAAAAUUUCAUACUUCUAUCCCAGGGAUUACUUGAUGUUUGCUCAAUACAUGACUUUAGAAUUCAAUAAUUCCAGUAAAAUUUUGCAGAUGUUUAUGCAUGAUGGUAUUUCAGAAUGACAUUUUCAUUGCCCCUACUGUUUAGUACAAUGUUCUAGAUAUUUGACUACUUUCAAAGAUAUUGAAAAAUGUUUUAUAAAACUGAUGUCUAGAAAUGUAAAUUUGGAUGCAUUUUAUUCAUUGUAAUGUAUUAAAAAUAAAAGUGUGUAGCUCUUA